CUAUCUACCUAGCCGCCGUCUCUCCCUUCUCCCACCCCACAAUCGGCGUCCCUCCCUCCCUCCGACCACCCCAACCCCACCCCGUGACCGGCGUCCCUCCCUCCCUCCGACCACCCCAACCCCACCCCCACACCCCACCGGCAUCCCUUUGGAAUGAUCAACUGGAAUAGGUGAUAUUCCUUCAAUCUCUCCCGUCUCCACUUUGAAACCAUUUUGCUCCUCCUCAAUUCUUCUUUCACGGCCCAACUGGAGUUGGGAAAUCAAUGCUCGCCAGAGCAUUAGCAAUGGAGUUCCUCGGGUCGACAGAUUCGCUGGAAAAGGUGGGAUAAAAUAAAAACCCUAGAUAUGAUUUUUUUCGCAUUGGUAGUGAUUUUUUCGUAGUGGUAGUGUUUUUUUGCAUUGGUAUUGUUUUUGUCGCAUUGGUAUUGAUUAUCAUGUAAUGGUAUUAAUUUGCAUGUAUUGGUAUGAAUUCAAUCUGCAAUGGUAUUGAUUUUUUGUGAAAUGGUAUAGAUUUAUAUUGGUAGUUUUCGUGUAAUGGUAUAGAUUUAUUUCUGCAAUGGUAUUGAUAUUUUUCAAAGUGGUAGUGAUUGUCUAAUGGAUUGGUAGUGAUUUCGUGUUUUUUUUUCUUUUGCAGAAAGAUUGAGAAAAAUAAGGAAACGGGAUCUGGCUGAAGAUUAUGGAAGUGAGAGAAAGAGAGAGAAUUGUAAUUAAUAGAUUCUUGUAACUAUCUAAAAUGUAAUUUAUUAAAAAAAUUAAUUAAUACAAUUUAUUUUUCAUACCCAAUUUACCCUUAGUAACCACGGUGAUUACUACACCUUAACCUGUACCCUCCUUCUGUGUUAUUACUUGAUGAAUCACUUCCACCAAGACCCACAAUACAAUAAAAUGCUCUUUUUAGUUUAUUUUAUACUACAAUCACGUUCUUAUAAAUUUCUUUUACUUUACUCAUUUUCUUGGAUUUGAGUUUUUAUGUUUCUAAUUUAGGUAUUAGUGACAAUAAAGUUUAGAUAAAAUUCUAUUUUGUAGCCAAAACUUUCACGCUUGUGACAAUAAUAGUCAUUUUUGGCGAAAUACUAAAUAUAGCCAGAAUUUUGAAAAAUUCAUGACAAAUAUAGCCAUUUCCGUUACAUAUUUUAACGGCGUUAGUGACAUCGUUAGUCAACUUAACGAAAUGCUAACAUGGCUUCCAACUCACAGACACAUCAUCGACAACUCAACAACACUUGUCACAUGGAACCUUUUCUUUUUUGCACUUUGCCACACUUUCUCCCUCUAACUUUUUUGCUCUCCCUUCUCACUUGAACACAUCAUCAAGAUUUUCGAAGGGCGCCGCCGGCACCCGCUGGUGACCGGCGGCAGCCCAUUUUUUCCGACUGCCUUUUCCCCCUUUCUUUGCUUCUGUUUUUUGUGCUCCCUGCAUCUUUCGGUUCUUUUGCUUCCCGCCAUGGAUUGGCUUUGUCUUUGCAUUGUGCAUCUUCCUCCUCCCUUUGUUGGGGUUGAACUUUUGUCCUCUGAUUUGUUUUUUCAGAUCUAGAGAUGUUGCUGCUCUAAGAUGUAAAGGAGGCUGGAUCUAUGUUGAUUUCGGCUUGUCUUCUCUUCUUUCUUCCCUUCGUCUACCUCCUUGCUUCACCCUGUAGAUCUUGGUGUUUCGGAGAUGUGGCUUUCGGCUUGGACUCGGAUUGAGGAUUUUGAAGACAGAAGGUGAUCCUCUUGGUUCCAUCACUGACCGCCCUUCACCUGAAGUCUCGUGUUGGGGAUCUGACGGUAUUUGGUCCGGCGUGAUUUUCGUCGGAGGCAUCUCAUGCUGCUUCUACGGCUUUCUAUCUGGGUUGGUGGGCGACGGCUUUUCUUCUGUGUGCUCGUUUUGAGCAUCUUCGCAUGACGUCUGGUGGUUGCAGGUGUCGAGGGAGGGUCUGCCAGUUGCUGCCAGCGGCGGUGAAGUUCCAAGAGCAAACAUUUUAGCAGCUAGGGUUAGAAGAGUUGUGUUCGGGUCGGGCCAUGGACUGGCCCCUAUUGGGUUUCCAGCGUUUUGGGUGGGCUUUGGGUUUGGCUUCUCUAGCUUUUGUUGUUAUUUUGUUUGUUUGUUUCCUUUUCCUCUGGGCUUGGCCCAUUUACAUUCUUAAUGAAACCGUUCAAAAAAAAAAAAAAAAACUUGUCACAUGGAUGCCAUGUCAUAUUUUAAUUUAAAAUUAAAUAAAAACAUAAAUUAUUGUUCUCAUCCUCUCUCCUCUUCCACCACUCGAUGUUGUCGUCCUUUCUCCUCUCACAACAUCGUCGUCGUCUUCUGCAACUGGACGCCGACAAUGAGCAACCAAAGAUCGAUUUAGCGGGCGAAAUCAAGGGAACGAUCACGAAUGGCGCCACCGCUGCCGAGCAAAUAGUGGUGAGCGAUUGUAAGCCUUCUAUUGUUCUGGGCAGCAUCGUGUCCUGCUCGGAGUCGAUAUCGGAUACACCACCACAUAUGCACUUCUGAAUAAUGAAAUAUUUUCCGAGACAAGGAGAGGUUAACCGGGGACAGAGCCGGAAUUCCUUUCCCCUUUCAUUUGCUUUGUUAAUUUUAGAGAAACAUAAACCCAGAAGUCGAUGGAGAAGAUAGGAUUUUUUUGACUUCUCCUUGACCCCCUUUCAUUAUUUAUUUCUUUUCGUUUUUUAAUUAAAUCCAUGUGGAAAUUUAAUUAACUAAUUGUUGCCACCUCAACCGUUAUCGUUUGUCCAGUCAGCAUAUAGCAUAACACCGUCAAAGAAUUGGACGGAAGUGGUUAUUUUUGGUAUUUCGCUUAAAGUGGCUAUGCCAAACCGUCAAAGUUUUGGCUAUACAUGUGUAUUUUGCCUGAAGUUUAUGCAAUUUGAACCACACAUUAGGAAACAUUUAGAUAAUAUUGUUUUAUAACAUUUACUACGUAAAUAAAAAAUGCAUUACAUAAAUUUUAAGAGAAAUAGUUUUUUAUAUUUAUCAAUUAAACAAAAUGGAUUAUAUAAAUCUUUCGUAAUGAUUAAAAUACACAAAAAAAACUUAUAGAGAUAGUCAUUCUUUUGUAUAAAUUAAACAAACAUAUUACCUAAAUUUUUGCGUGAUAUAAGUUUGAGCAAAAAUUCAUUUACUAUUAACCAAAGUAUUGAUCAUCUCACUAGUCUACAAUACACAAAGGUUAUGUACGGUUAGUUGCUUUUUGCAGAACAAUUUAAUCAAUUUCUUUACCUUUCAUAACUUAAUUCUUAUCAUUAACUAAAUUCCUUUAUUAUUUAUAUAUAUUCUUCACCCUCCCAUCAAUUUGCUUCACACAAAAUUUUCGUAAAGUAAGUUAAAUUUUACCCAAUUUUUAGAUACAAUGAGCUUAAUUUUAUUAUUAAAUCAAACAUUACGGAAGAUUUAUGUAACCCAAUUUCAUAACAGCUAGAUAAACUGAAAAUGCAUUACGUGAACGUUAUGUAGGGAUAAUCAUUUCUUAUGUAGCUAUUAAUAAAAUAACUUUGUAAAUUUUUAGUAAUGAUUACCAUCUUAUGUAAAACUUUUGGAGGUAUCAUAUCGUAAUUAUUAUUUGAAUUAUUUAAUUUUAAAUAAUUAUUACAUGAGUAAUUGUAAUUUAAAAUAUAAUUAAUUUCUUGCCGCCGCAAUGCGCCGGUCAUAAAACUAGUUAGUUUAUAUACACCCUUUUGUAGCAAGGAGCCCCUGGUUCCCCUCCAGAUGUGGACUCUCUUGAUUUCUUACCUACAGAUACCGUGAUAACACAUACAAGCCAACACUUGCAUUCCUUCCAUAGUUCCAUUCCCAACCCCACUCCUGAACUGGAUCACGUCGUCAUCCUUGACUGAGCUGUGAUAAUUAUUCCUUUUAUGCAUUCCUUCCAAAAACUUUUUUUUUUUUUUUUCCAUUUCUUUGACAAAGAGUGUUAGAUUUUCAGCUCAAACCAUUGCAGUUGGUACCACUCAAUUCAACACUUCAAAUAAUGCUAUCACUAGAUUUCAAGCAACGGAAGAUGACAGAAUCUCAUCCUCCUCCCCACAUGGCCGCCGUUUCUCCAUUCCAUUCCAGCCGCCGGCGGCUAAACAAGUUGAAUUUCAAAAAUGUCCUCUUCCACAGGCUUCCAAGGAUUAGACAGCGCCACCCCAAAAUAUUCCGACCUCAAUAAUAAUCUCCAAGCCCU